GGUCGGGAACGAUUAUCUAUUUGGUGGAGUAAUUAUUAUUGUAAUCACAUUUUUCUGCCCUGUAGAUUCGUUUCUUCGAGUCAUUAGUUGGAUUUGCCGGUGAUAGAAGUUGGCUUUAAAGUCGCGAGAACCACUACAGUAGGUUUUAGUAUGUGCAGGAUUUAACUUAGUAUUAAGGUGAAGAUGGCGUCCACUUGGGAUCAGCUCGGGCAGAUUGCUACUGUAGCACAGCUCACAGGCUUGGAUGCCGUGAAAUUAAUUGGCAUGAUUGUGAGGGCUGCAAGCACAGCCAGAAUGCAUAAGAAGAACUGCAGGCAAUUUGCUCAGCAUUUGAAGUUGAUCGGCAACUUACUAGAGCAGCUUAAAAUCUCGGAGCUGAAGAAGUAUCCCGAAACCCGUGAGCCAUUGGAGCAGCUUGAGGAUGCCCUGCGAAGGUCUUACAUUCUGGUGAAUAGCUGCCAGGACAGGAGCUAUCUAUAUCUGUUGGCCAUGGGAUGGAACAUUGUGUAUCAAUUCAGGAAGGCUCAGACUGAGAUUGAUCGGUACUUGCGGAUCGUUCCCCUCAUCACCCUUGUGGAUAAUGCUAGGUUCAAGGAAAGACUGGAAGAUAUUGAAAGGGAUCAGCGUGAAUACACUCUGGAUGAAGAAGAGAGAAAAAUGCAGGAUGCUAUUCUAAGACGGGAAAAUGACACCAGGGUGCUGAAGAAGACUCUCUCUUGUUCAUAUCCAAACUUGGCUUUUGGUGAAGCACUCCAGAAAGAGAAUGAGAAGCUCCAAUUAGAAUUACAGCGAUCACAAGCAGACAUGGAUGUUGGACAAUGUGAAGUAAUUCAACAUUUGAUAGAAGUUACACAAACUGCUGGAAUUUCUAUACCAGAGAAAGAUUCACCCGUCAAAAGUUCCAAGAAAGUGGAGACAAAUUAUUCAGAUACCAAUGGUGAUGAAGGACAUUCCUUUGAAGAAAACUAUUACACAGGAAAUGAUACUCGAAUUACCUCAAGAAACACUUCUUCGGUUUCAUCAGGACGUGAUCUGCUGUCAAAUAGAGGACCCCAUCAACAUGAAGAGUGGCAUUCAGAUUUAUUGGGCUGUUGUUCAGAACCAUCUUUGUGUCUGAAGACAUGCUUCUACCCUUGUGGUACCUUUUCUAAGAUUGCUACAGUGGCCACUAACAGGCAUAUGUCCUCAGCAGAAGCCUGUAAUGAGCUUAUGGCAUAUUCAUUGGUACUGGCAUGCUGUUGCUAUACUUGCUGCGUCCGGAGAAAGCUUCGCAAGAUGCUCAACAUCACGGGGGGGAUUUGUGAUGACUUCCUCUCACAUUUGAUGUGUUGCUGCUGUGCCUUGGUGCAAGAAUGGCGAGAAGUGGAGAUCCGUGGUGCCUAUGGCCCUGAAAAAACAAAGACGAGCCCACCUCCAUCUCAGUACAUGGAAUCCUAAAAUGAUAUUUAGAGCAUGAAAAAGAAUGUUUCAGGUAGUAAAUUAUAGAAUAGAGAUUCAUUUUGAUACUUAUUGUAGAGGUAAUAGCUGGUUGAAUUGCUCCCUGUAAUUUGUACUUUGGUGACUUGUAUGCAAUGAUUUGUCCAUGUAAAGAUCUUUUUACACUGACAGCUGAGAUUAUGUCAUAUGUAUCAUAGUCAAAUUCUUUACAUGGAAGGGUUGUUUGGAUU